AUGAGUGAGAGACACACACAGCAAGGAAGUAAAGGGGUUCUACUUCUAAUGGUCUGCAUGGUGACUCUGCUGGAGAUGGCUAGACCAACAGAAGGUUACAGAGUGCAUCAAGUCAGAACCGGCACUUGCGAGGUUGUGGCUUUGCAUCGAUGCUGCAACAAGAAUAAAAUAGAAGAACGCUCCCAAACGGUUAAAUGCUCCUGCUUCCCUGGACAAGUGGCUGGGACGACCAGAGCUGCCCCGUCCUGUGUAGAUGCUUCUAUAGUGGAGCAGAAGUGGUGGUGUCAGAUGCAUCCAUGUCUGGAUGGGGAGGAGUGUAAAGUCCUCCCAGAUCUAAAGGGAUGGAGCUGCGCCACGGGGAACAAGAUAAAGACUACCAAGGUGUAG